AUGGAUCCUCCUUGUGAGGGAACAUUUAGCACGGAAGAUCCAAAUAUACAAUCAGUUCAACAAGAAUAUGACUAUGAUGGAGAGAGGAACCACAAGCACCCAUCCCUACAAGAAGAAGGCCAUGUCCAAACUUUCAAUGGCAAAAUAAAGCAUGUUGUUGAUGACAGUGACAUGAAAGGGUUUUUGUCCAUGAACUUUCCUAGAAAGUUGUGGCAAAUUGUGGAAAGUGAAUAUUUUAAAUCAAUCAGCUGGGAUGAGCAUGGAACAAGUGUGGUCAUUAACGAAGACCUGUUUAAGGCUGAGGUGUUGGAAAGAAAAAUGCCUUUCAAAAUAUUUGAAACGGAUUCUAUAAAAAGUUUUAUACGUCAGCUGAAUCUUUAUGGUUUUGUCAAAGUUCGACACAAUAUAGAAAGAUCUGCUUCUCUAGCUGAAUUCCUAGCUGAAGAGAGAUCUGCCACAGCAUUCCAUAAGGUCUGUAUUUCAUUAUAAUUAUUAGUUCUGAUUGUGUAUAAGACAAGAAUAACAGAACAGUUUUUUCUUUAAAGAUUACAUAAUGAUUGGACAGACAGAACCUGGUGGAGAGUGGGAAGAUUUUAGUGUAAUUCUUCUCUGUCUCAAAUUAAAGGUAUAUUGUAGUAAUCAGAUGUGACAGCACGUGUAUUCACUUUAGAAGUUUUUAUCCUGCUUUGUUAAUAGAAUUUUAAUUACCCAUAGGAUGCUCUUCCAGAUUUUUGCAGGCUAUUAACAGAGCAGGAGAAAUAAAAAUUCAAAAUUAAACAGACUGUGUGACAAAGGAAGUUUAAACAAUAAAUCUCUUUACAGUGAAUGUGUAGGAAUACUGUGUAGGUCACAUGCGGGGGGUGGUGUGACUAGUGCUGCAUAAACAAAAUUAUUGAACUCCUAAAUGUCAGAGAAUUGAGUAGGACUACAGGGUCAUGGUCUAUACACCAAAGCCACACCAUUAAGCUAAAGUUGUCUUGGUGCUUAUAGUGUCCUUUUUAGGCUCUGCCACAUAAAUAGUAACAACCCAUAAAAAAUAGUUUUUUUUUUUGUAAAACCUGAAUGGUGUGAAUGUCUCAUUCAUUGUGCCAAAAUAGCUAAACUGAAAUCACAAGAAUGUUUGUCUAAUGUUUUAAAUUCUCUUUGAAUUCCUAACUGUUCAUGCUUUAGUAAAUAAUCCUGUGUAGUUCAACCAGCAAGUUUAAAAAGAUUUCACUUAAUGGCUCAGUGUUCUAAAACAUUUUCAUAAUAGUCAUUAAUCUAUUAGUUAUUUGUAAUGACUGGGCUUAUUAAAAUAACUCUCCAAGCACCAUAAUCACUACAGCCCACAGUGGUGAUUAUAAUCUGUCAAACCAUUUUAACCCAUUAAGGACCAAACUUCUGGAAUAAAAGGGAAUCAUGACAUGUCACACAUGUCAUGUGUCCUUAAGGGGUUAAAAUUGUUGGAUUACUUACCUGGGUCCCCUUGCAAGAGAAGCCACAUCUGUACUAAGCUAAGCAGGUCAGAUACUGGAGUGUGCUCAAUGGCUGAAAUUGCUCAGCCGCUGCUCUCAGCCAAUGAGCAUUUCUCUCCUUGGUUCUGAUUAAAUGAGUGGAGGUAACUGAAUUCUUCUACAAGAAGAAUGGAGAAGUGGGCUGUGCUGUGUGACUGUCAUUAAUAGGUAAUCUGGACAUUUUGAUGCACUUCCCUAGAACUACUAUGCCAUUCAAUAUAAUGUCUGCUAAACUGGCAAAUGGCUUAAUUUUUUAAAAUUUUUUUUUAUAUAUAUUUGUAAAAAAAAAAAACAACUUUUGUUUGUUGAGUGGUGUCGUACAUCUGGUACCGAAUGUAGAAUUCGAGUCAGUGUGAUUUCAGUUUUGGCACGUUUCAUUUAGUAGGGGCGUUGGAAAAUAUAAAGUGAUAACAGGAGAAAAGAAUUCACACAUUUCUAACUGGUGCUGAAUCCUAAAUUUUACCUAAAAUUCCUCUUUUUAGUAGGGAUGUGCAUGGGCAAAAAAUUUGGUUUAUUUUGGAAAUUCAGGUAAGUAAAAAAACAAUGUGUCUGCUUCGGUAAUUCGGACAAAUGGCAUUCGGUACGGCACUUCGACAAUUCGGAACUUCGGCAAUUCAGACACUAACCCCUAACCAUAACCACUUGUUUUACCACUUUUCAGAAAUCCGAAGCACUUUGGAACGUCGGUAAUUCUGUUCAUUUCGGCACUAUGGAAAUUCAGCAAUUCGAACUUCAGACAUUUGUAAGCACCCGAAUUUCCGAAUUGCACGAAAUUCAUCCGAAUGUACAUUCGGAACUAAACGAAUUGCACGUGUAUACUUCUUAGUACCUUGAACAACUUCACCCUCUCCCAUAUGAUUAAAGUAGUGGUUCCCAACCCAGUCCUCAAGUAACCCUUAACAGUCCAGGAUUUAGGGAUUACCCAGUUGUGUUUAUAGUGUUUUUUGUUUAUUUUUUUAGAAAAAAAGAUGAAAAAAAAACACUUUGGACACAACAGGGUAAUCCCUAAAUCCUGGACUGGUAGGGCACCGCUGGAUUAAAGGAACACUAUAGGGUCAGGAAUACAAACAUGUAUUCCUAACACUAUAGUGUUUAACAAACUAAUGAGGUCCAUGGCCCCUUUAAAGAUUGCAUGGAUAAGCUGGCUUUGUCUCCAUGGCUAAGCUCAUCAGUCUUUAUGAUCUCAGCCAAGGCAAUGCUUUCCCAUGGCUAUUGCACAUGAGCAGCAAAACACCACCAUUAAAUCAAUGCAUCUCUGUGGGGAAUGUGGAGACACUGCGUAGCACUGGACAAGGAAGAAACUCUGGUGGUCAUCUGAGUGACUGCCACUAAAGGUGUUACUAGGCAGCAAUGUCAACACUGCCUUUUCAAUUUACAGUGCUCAAUCUGAGGGACACGCUAUAGACACCAGAAAUACUACAUUAAGGUGUAGUGGUUCUGCAGACUAUAGUGUCCCUUCAAGCUCACAAAAGAGAAACUUGUCAGCUUAUCUUAUGUAUGUGAUUUGUUCCCCUGAAACACAAAUAUAUUGAACAAUGAUAUUGUCUGUUUUGCCUGGUUUUCACUCAUAUGAUGGUUAAGAUUCCUGUUUAUAUGUAGAACUGCUCAAUAUACUAGCUAUCUCAAUGAUGAACUAGAGUUGAUAUGUGUAAUAUAUUUAUUUUAUUCUUAAUAUUGCAAUAAAUUGGAUACUGCUAUCUUAUUAUUGUUUUCUCUAUUUUUAUCUACUUUUAUCCAAUUUAGUCUAUGAAAAUGAACUCCACAGUACUGGUAACUAUAUAGUGACUGUGGUGCCCUGUUAUUGUUUGUCGAUAUUUUCUAUUUUCACUGUUUUUGUUUGAACUAGAGUUGGACAGCCUCGAGUUAGAAUGCUGAGGUAAUAUACUCAAUAGAAAAAAAUUAGCUCUUCAAUGUCCAAAUACAGCCUUAAAACUCCUUUUAUUUGUACUAAAACAUUCACAGUUUUCUGGAGAUCACAGAUAUACUACAGUUUCCUUUUUAUCUGCUUUAUGAGAGACAAUAUUAGUUCUAAACGCUACUGGCACAAAUACUUCUGAUGGUGCUCUGUUGUACUCCAUCAAAAUGGAGAGUCAUAUGUCAUGUCAUGAUACCUCAAUGCUUUACACAUGCAUAAAGAACACAAAAAGAUUGUAAUAAAGGAUUAUUGGUUUAAAUACAUACAAUAGUGCUAUACGGCACUACAGGUUAAAGUUCCACAACCUCCUCACGCCACAAGUUAGUAAAGUGAUGGUCACUUUUUGUUCAGAAGUGAAGGACAGGCUAAUUACUGCAGAAAUUGUGAAGUCUUUCUAGAUUGAUAAGUCAACGGAUGUCAGUAGGAAUGAUAUGGGAUCCUAAUGAGGGAGAGAAUUUGUCUCAGACCUCCCCUGGUUUUAGAUGAGUCCUUUCAUGCUAUUUUAGCGCAUAUUCAUUCACACUAAAUUCUAGCAAAUUGAAAUCCAAAUGACAAAAGUGUCUACGGUCCUUGACUAGCUUUUCUAAAUGCACAAAAAAAUAUAUUGUGUCUCCUUACAAAAUGUAUUUUGUAUUCUAGAUGCAAUUUUACCACAACCCAAAUUUCAGAAGAGAUGAGCCACAUCUGUUAGGAAGGAUGAAAAGAAGAAUUGGAAUAAAAAAUUCUAUCACAGCUACAUCUUUGUUGGAGCCAGGCGUGGACAAUGAAGCUCCUAAAAAUGUAGAAAAGGCGUGCAAACAGACAAGUGUUCUAGAAGAAGACGUGCGCAGAUUUUAUUCUAAAAGUCCAAAUGUAAGUCAGCAACCCUUUCUGCCAAUGCAUCAUGGUCCGUCGACAUCCUUAACCAGUUCUGUGAGGCCAUUAGAAUCCGAAGUGGAUCAACAUUUUGACUUUAGUCAGCUGCCUCCAUUUGAUUCACAGAACAUCUCCAGCAAUCACAAUAACACCUAUGGUAUUGGUUCAACAACCAUGGCGUCAUCAUCCUUGCUUCAAGUUUUACCUCCAAUGCAAAGUAACCAUUUUAACCCUGCGAUGGGGUUUCCAGGCUUUCCAUCAAUGUAUCAAGAUUUGGCAGCCCAGGCUAACCUGGUUAGUCUACUACCAUUCUUUAAUCCUUGGCUUUCAAUGCCCAUGAUUGCUGCCGCAUCUGCUGCGUACAUGUCCCAUUCAUUCUACCACCGCAGUUCAUCAUCUUCUAACCAUUGCCCAAAUUGUAACUGCUCUAAUGGUGCACAUCAUCAGCAUGUGCCAAAGAAAGCAUAA